UGUAAGAUCAACGGUCUGACAGGAAAACACCCAAAUAAGGCAAAGGGGAAGUGGUGACGUUCCUGGAAGGUCUCCGUGUGACGUAGAGCUCGAACACUCGAGUUUGGACCUGUCGGCGGGGUUUCCGGCCGUGGUGGUCGGCCGGUGGUCGGUUACAGUCCAGCGCUUCGGCCGCACGCGAGGGCCCGGAGCGAACUCCGAGCAGAACCGGAUCAUUCACGCUCCAAAAGGCCCCACACAAAGACUGCAGAGGCACCUGGAAGGCUGGAAAAGAGCGCGCUGCCGGCUCUGCCCAAAUAUGGGCUUCCGCCAUUCCAUCUUUGGGAACAUACGUCACGCAGGAGUCUUUAUAAAGCCGGGAAUCCUCGCGCAGGAUCUGACAGAAAUCGACUUCUACCAGUGUGAACCCGCGAAGGCACCGGUCCACGGACCGGAAAUAAGCAUUGUUAUUGUUUACGUUUCCCUUGCAUCCACAAACACGAAGAAACAGCCGUCUGUCCCGCAGCUCUUCAGCCGUCUGUCCCGCAGCUCUACAGCCGUCUGCCCCGCAGCUCUACAGCAGUCUGCCCCGCAGCUCCCCAGGUGUCAGCGUUGGCUUCCCUUGAGCGCCGCCACCCGCAACAGCAGCAGCAGCAGCAGCAGCCCGGCCGGUGCCCGGAACACAAGCCAGCGCCGGUCUCCGUGCAGAAACGGAGCUCCUCCGCUGCCUCUGACGCCCCAUCCCCGGACAAAGACAUGGCAGCGACCAAAGCGGAGCUGCUGCUGCCCAGCCUGCAAAUCUCGGAGCCGCCGGCGUCCCCGCUGGACGGAUACUCGAAGCUGGAGGAGCUGCAGAUGCUGCUGCAGAACGCCGCGGCCGGAGGCUCGCUGCUGGCCGCUUCUGCGGCGGAUGCGGCAGGGCUGCUGAGCGGGGAGUCCGGGGACUACGGAGAAUCUCUGUUGGACAUCCUGGACCUCCAGAACUUCCCCCCUCUCACGCCACGCCUCCAACCUCUGGCCUACAGUGGGCGUUUUAUCUUUGAUCCCAGCUCUUCUGGCUGCAGCAAUCUGUGGGCGGAGCCUCUGUUGGGUCUGUUGGGGUUAGGGAGCAUCACAGCCCCGCCCUCUGCCGCCGGCAGCCUUACCACCUCCACCCCAUCUGUGGCAUCAUCAACACCGUCCCAGCCGAGUUUGGGCUGCAGCACCAUAGACGUCUCUUCCAUUUUAUCGGCAACACCAUCAUACACAUCUGCUGCAGGCUCUGACUCCGCCCACCCUCCCACUGAUGCCUUUUUGGCCCCGCAACUCUACCAAUCGCAGGCCCCCCCACCUGCCUAUCCAUCCUCUGCCUCCAGGUUGGGCCUCCAGCCUGUGAUGGCGAUGUUGCCAGACUACACCCUGCCUCAGCAAGCGCCAGACGGCGAGCUCAGCCCGAGCCCGGACCAGAAGCCGCUCCAGCCGCCGUUCACGCCGCUCUCCACCAUCAAGGCCUUCUCUGCGCAGAUUCAGCCUCAGGGGCCCGGCGGCUUGCUCGCCAAGUCCUGCCAGUCCAAGAAGUCCCCCGGGGGCCGGCAGUGCAGGACGCCGCCUCACGAGCGUCCACACGUGUGCCCCGCCGAUGGCUGUGAGCGCCGCUUCUCCCGCUCUGACGAGCUCACCCGUCACGUGCGCGUGCACACAGGCCAGAAGCCGUUCCAGUGUCGCAUCUGCAUGCGCAGCUUCAGCCGCAGCGACCACCUGACCACGCACAUCCGCACGCACACCGGGGAGAAGCCGUUCCCCUGCAGCGAGUGCGGUCGGAAAUUUGCUCGCAGUGACGAGCGCAAAAGGCACGCCAAGAUCCACCAGAGGCAGCGCGACCGCAAGCCCGACGGGGCCACUGCUACCAUCCCAGAGGCCCCCGCCUCCCCAGAUUCAUCCUACUCCUCCCCGGCUCAUAGCUGCCCGGCCAUUGGCAUCCAGGCCUCCUCCCCCUGCUUCACCUCCUCCUCUGCCUGUUCCUCACUAUCACAGGUGUUCCCCUCCUCGCCGUCACACCACUUCUACUCGUCCUCCUGCUCCUCUCCGUUGGGGAGUUCCCUGUCAGAGCUACCCUCCCCCCACAGCUCCAACCUCUGCUGACCAAAGCUGCGACCCACACAGGGAUCAGACUUUUAUUUUAAAAGGCCAAAGGUCAGGAAAGGAGGUGGACUUUGUACUGGUGUAGAUGCUGUACAUAAGUGACUGUGCACACACGUGCACUUUGUUUUUGCCUACUGUGUAGGUUCUGAGAUGUUUGUAUGUUUACAUGGAGCUCAGAGAGCUUUCGGGAUUAAAACAUUUAUCUGAC